UGAAGGUGCAGGAGUCCAGACGCCUGUUUACCUGUGACCCACUGCCCCUCCUGUGCAGAUAAAAGCUGCAGCUGCUGCAGAGCAGACAGGAGUGAUCAUGGAGCUGUCCACCAGCCUGAUCUUGGUGGCUCUCACCGCCGUUCUGGUCUGGCUGCUGAACCUCAGGAACAACAGGAAGCACCGCUUGCCCCCGGGCCCCCCCGCGCUGCCCCUCAUAGGAAACCUGCUGCAGCUGGACAAGAAUGCUCCCUUCAGGACUAUUGUGGAGCUCAGUCAGACCUACGGGCCUGUGAUGACCAUCUACAUGGGCUGGCAGAGGACAGUGGCUCUGGUUGGUUAUGAUGCAGUCAAGGAGGCUCUGGUGGACCAAGCAGACGACUUUGUGGGGAGAGCGCCGCUUCCAUUUCUCGUCAGAGCUACCAGAGGAUACGGGGUCGGCAUCAGCAACGGGGAACGCUGGCGCCAGCUGCGGCGCUUCGCUCUGACGACGCUGCGGGACUUUGGGAUGGGACGGAAGGGGAUGGACCAGUGGAUCCAGGAGGAGAGUAGACACCUGACGGCGCAGGUUCACUCAUUCAAAGGGAAACCCUUUGACCCCACAUUCCUACUGAGCUGCACCGUGUCCAACGUGAUCUGCUGCUUGGUUUAUGGAGAACGCUUCAACUAUGACGACAAGCAGUUCUUGGAUCUUCUCCAGAUCAUUUCUGAGAUUCCACGCUUCAACAGUAGCCCCAUGGGAGCGUUGUACAACAUCUUCCCGUGGCUCAUGGAGCGUCUUCCAGGCCGUCAGCACACCGUCUUCGGCUACAUUGAGGACAUUAGAAAGUUUGCCAAAAAGAAGAUCCAGGAGCAUGAAGACACGCUGGACCCAAGUUCCCCGAGGGACUUCAUCGACUGCUUCCUCCUCCGCAGGGAUCAGGAGAAGAACAACCCCACAUCUGAGUUCCACUAUGAGAACCUGGUUGCUACAGUUCUGAAUCUGUUCCUGGCAGGAACAGAAACCACCAGCUCCACCAUCAGAUACGCUCUGAGUGUUCUGAUCAAACACCCCAAAAUACAGGAGAAAAUGCAGGAGGAGAUCGACACUGUGAUCGGGAGAGAACGAUGUCCCUCCAUGGAGGACAGGAAGUCCCUCCCCUUCACAGACGCCGUCCUCCACGAGGUGCAGCGUUUCAUGGACCUCGCCCCCUUCAGCCUCCCUCACUAUUCUCUGAAGGACAUUUCAUUCAGAGGUUACACCAUCCCCAAGGACACAAUGAUUUUUCCCAUGCUGCACUCUGUGCUCAAAGAAGAUAAGCUUUGGUCAACUCCUCGGUCCUUCAACCCCCAACACUUUCUGGACCAUAAUGGAAACUUCAAGAAGAACCCUGCGUUUGUGCCGUUUUCUGCAGGGAAACGAGCCUGUGUUGGAGAGUCUCUGGCUCGGAUGGAGAUCUUCCUCUUCAUCGUGUCUCUCCUGCAGAACUUCACCUUUUCUGCCCCCAACGGUCCCGACAGUAUCAACCUGGUUCCAGAAUACAGCAGCUUUGCCAACGUGCCUCGCAGGUAUGAGCUCAUCGCCACUCCACGCUGAAGGAAGAGGUCCACCAGGAGCUUCAAGAGUUUGAUUACUCACAAAAUCAACAAGAGGUCUUCAAGUUGAGCUUUCUGCUCUGAGGCCCAACCCAAAUUGCUUCCUACCCCUCUGGCUCCUCUCUAUUGCCCCAAUUGUAGGGGCAUUUAUAGCUGUAGUCGUGUCUGAAAGUGUUUUUUAAGGAGGAGUUGUGCGGAAGAAGUAUUGAGUUUUUGUUUUGGCAUGACUUUUUAAAGUUAUAAAACCGGCUUUAAUAUGAUUUUCUGAGAGCUCCGCGCUAACGGAGAUACUACCAUUUGAUGACAUCAUCAAGUGGUUGUAAUGUCUGAGUUUGAUGACACUAUUUUUUUCAUAUCUCUCCACUUGGAGUAUAAAUGUAGGGUUAGGGAGAAGUCGUAGGGGUAGGGAGGCAACUCAGAUUCUGCCUAAGUUUUCUUCAUUUGAUAGACACAAGUUACUUAUUUUGACAUAUUUGAAUGCUAUAUCCAUGGGAAAAACAGGUUAUUAUUUGUUAUUAUUCUUCAUAACCACAUUUGUAGAACAGGCAAAACAAACCCACAUAGAAACCUCUAAAUCAUUUGUGCAAUAAGAUCCUUUUUGUGUGUGAAUGAGUCAUGCUUCAUUUGUUAAUAUAAAACAGAAAACCAAAUCAGCAAAAGUAAACAUCUGAAUGUCCAUCUCAAAACCUCAAAGUCUGGCACAGGAAAUAUUUUAAGCAACUUUUUUGAUGUUUGAUUCAAUGUUGUUGUUUAUAUUGCAUAAUAAAUUGCUUUCUAAUGUUCAGAACCA